UGCUAUACAUGUUUCAAACAGAUUGUCCGGCUUCGUAUCUGACCAGUGUCCGUAAUUCAGGCUAAUUUUGAAAUCGCCGAUAAAGAAAAUAAAUUCUUGAAAACUUAUUCUAUUAUUGAAAGUAUAGACAACUUUGAUCUACAUGUGAAUCAGAACCGUGAUCUUAGGAUAGUGAUUGUUCUUGCUCAUCUACUUCAAAAUAGUUAUGAUAUAAACUAUAACACCCAAACACUAAGUUCCUGCUACUAAUAAACUUCCAAUAACCAACGUAGGUGUCAGUCUGCCAAUGGGAGAAGCAUUCCAUAUCGACAAUGUUCCGGCGCAUUGCCUGGUUUGUCUAAAGUUUAUUAAAUACGACCAAAAUACUGUACAUUUGUCAGCGAAUCGAAUGUUUCAAGAUUUGUAUAACGAAGUACUACUAGAAUCGUCUUUGAAUACGGUAACCUAUGCAAACAGUUAUUUAUGCCGUAGUUGUUGCUCUAAGUUAGAGGAUGUUCAUCAGUUCCGAACUCGAUGUACGGAGGUGUGGCGAUUUUACGCAACUUUGCUUGAAGCCAAAGAAUCACCCAGCGAGGCAUCAUUGGUAAAAUUAGUUACGGAAAAGUAUGGCCAUCCAUUGUUGUCUACUUUGUUUGAGAUAGGAAUAAUUUCCAAACCUGACAUGCCCACUGAGGAGUUUCUUGCUGAAAUAGGAAUAGUCCAAACAGUACGGGACACAGCGGAAAAACCCUUUUUCCCGAUUGACGUUGACGCUGUGAAAUUAGAACAGCAAACAACGGAUGAUUUCGAUUCGUUGCCCGAAAUAGCUUUCGUAUUUGAAUCCAGCGAUGACGAAUCGGUUGAGAAGGAUAAUGGAACAAAUCCUCCGCAGAAUGAGCCGGAAGUGGUACGGAAUGCGAAUACUGAUUUACCUAAGAAUUCCAAUGAGAAGAUCUGUCCGAUUGAAGACUGCCUUGAAUCGUUUGCUGGAAAGAGAUACAGUGAUCAUUUAACAGAGAGUCACGGGUUUAGCUGCAGACAAUGUGGUUUGGUGAUUGUUUCGAAGCAUGCGAUGGAGAGACAUAUCUUAGGUCACACCCAGCAGUCUUUGACAGUGCAAUGUACGUUCUGUGAAAGAAAAUUUCGAAGCGUGGCGAAAAUGCGUGCACAUGCCAAAAUAUUUCAUCUGAAAAAUCCUGAAAACUAUGAGUGUGAGCAUUGUCCGGAAAGAUUUGAAAGCCGAAAACUUUUGAAUGAACAUAUUGAUCAGCACUUGCCGAAGUUUUGUGUGAUUUGCAAGACAGAUUUUGACGAUUAUAAAAAACUGCUUGUUCACUCAAGAAAAUUCCACGCGGAACAAUUGUUGAAGUGUCAUCAAUGUCCGAGAAAAUUUUUGCUGCAAUCACUUUUAAAUCGUCACCUUCUGGAACAUACGGAAACUACAGAAAUAAUAAAUAAUGAAACUGCCUUCGAUAUGAUUACAAUGAAAACAACAUUCUUGUUUGCAUGUCCGGAAUGUAAGAAACAAUAUAUAUCGGAUGCACAUUGUAAGAAGCACAUGGUAACUCACGAUCCCGCUUCUUAUCCCAAUAAUGUAAGAUAUCGUCGAUCCAAGGAAGAAUUGGAAAAACUAGAGUAUAAGUACAAAUGCGAUCAGUGUGAUGCUUCGUACCGCGUGCUGAGCUCGUUUAAGCAGCAUUUGAAACGUCACCAAACUACAUCCCUCGUAUGUGAUAUAUGCGGUGGUGUAUUCAAAUCAAAAGCGACCUUGAAGACGCACAUCACCUAUAAGCACACCAAGGAUUGGCGCUAUGCUUGUGAUUUUUGUCCGAAAUCAUUUGCUACUAGAAGCGUGCUAACGAGGCAUAGACGAAUACACACCAACGAGCGGCCAUAUGAAUGUGACCAGUGCGGUGCGCGAUUUAAAGCCCACGACGCACACCGGAAACAUAUGCGGAUUCACACCAGAGAAGUCAAACACCAUUGCGAUGUGUGCAACCGAGACUUCAUAUGGCAGAGCAGCUGGGCGAUGCAUAAGAUUGUGCAUACCAAGGAGAAACCGAUCCAAUGCAUUCAUUGUCAGCGGCAGUUUAGAACGAAAGGCAGCUGCCAGAAACACAUUUUACGAGUACAUCCGAAUCUGGCUACCGAGGACAGUACGUUGGUAUCGGAGGUGAAAGAGUAGUUUUUAGGCGAUUUAUGUGAGAGAUAAAGCCGUAAUUAUUGUCAAAAUCACUGAGAUUACGUCCGACAUUAUCUUCUCGAUUGAUUUUAUUUUGAUUAAAAAAACAUUUUCGAUUUUCUAACUUAUCUACACUGCCGAUAUGUGCAUAACAGUCCCAUGUCCCAUACUAACUAUACGCAUGGGAUAAUUAUG